CCCGCAAAAUGGGCCUCAUCUUCUUCCCCCUUUCAAACCCGAUUUCUCAGAAUUUACUCUCCAUUGUUCUUCCUUAGCUUCAGAAAAUAGGAAGAAACUGCUGUCCUGUUGCCGAUGGAGUGAAUACUCAACCGUCAACUAAUCAAACCGGUUCAUCUGCUUGGAUCAAAUCUCCUCAGUUUCGUCUGUUCGAGCAUGUUCGCAGCCUUAUUUCAUCGUGUCUCUCGAUUCAUCAAAACGGUCAGCUGAUAAUACUCUCACAAUCAGUUAAUUCCUUCUACUAUCUGUCUCUAUCCUUUGACAUAAACGUAGAUCUGUCUGAUUUUACUCAAACUACUACUUGUAUGCGUUUGUCUAUGUAUAUAAAUAAAUGCAUAAAACCCUGUUGCGAGAUCGAUUAUCGGUUCUAGGACGAGCUUAUACAUUUCUAGGGUUCAGACGAGGUAAUCGUUUCUGAUUUAAGUAAUAGACACAGAUUAUACAGAAUGUCGGGAAAUAACAAUAACCCUUCUAAGCAUAUGGGAUCAUCUUCUCCAUUUGGAAACGUUGGAAUUGGACCUUCAAAUCUACCAGCAAAUCCAACUGCUCAUCUACAGGGACAAUCCCUAGGCUAUCCUGGUCAGUUUCAGAUGGCUCAGCUUUCAGCUGCACAAGCCCAGGCAUUAGCUCAAGCACAGUCCAAGGCGCAGGCUCAUGCCCAGGCUCAAGCACAAGCUGCACAUGCCCAAUUCCAAGCUCAAUUACAAGCACAAGGACUUACCAUUCCAAACUUAGGUUCGUCUUCACCGGCAAACUCAUUAUUGAUGAAACGACCCUUGCUUAAACCAUCUUAUCUACGCCCGCAUGGCAUGCCUGCUCCCAACAUGGUCUCUCCAAUGAGAAACAUGGAUCUCAUGGCAUCUGUGGCUCGUAACAAGAAGAAGCAGAAGCUUCCUGAGAAGCAGUUUCACGAGAGAGUAUCCGCCAUCUUGCCUGAAUCCGCACUCUACACUCAGCUACUCGAAUUCGAGUCUCGUGUGGACUCUGCUCUGGUUAGGAAGAAGAUUGACAUAGCGGAAGCCCUCAAGAACCCUCCCACAAUGCAGAAAACUCUCAGAAUUUUCGUGUUCAACACGUUUGCUAAUCAGUCUCGUGCAAUCCCCAAGAAGCAGAAUUCCGAACCUCCCACCUGGACUAUGAAGAUUGUAGGGAGGAUCUUGGAAGACGGAGUGGAUCCUGAACAGGCUGGUCUGGCUCAGAAAACGAAUUCUUCAUACCCUAAGUUUUCGUCUUUCUUCAAAAGAGUCACCAUUUCUUUAGACCAGCGGCAGUAUCCUGAAAACCAUGUUAUAGUAUGGGAUGCUGCUCGGUCACCCCAACCGCACGAGGGUUUCGAGGUGAAGAGGAAAGGAGAUAAAGAGUUCUCCGCAAAUAUAAGAUUGGAAAUGAAUUACAUGCCUGAGAAGUGUAAGCUGUCACCCCCAUUAAUGGAAGUUCUAGGUAUUGAAGUCGAUACUCGCCCUAGGAUCUUAGCCGCCAUAUGGCAUUACGUGAAGGCUAGAAAGCUGCAGAACCCUAACGACCCUUCUUUCUUUCACUGCGAUGCUCCACUUCUGAAAGUGUUUGGAGAGGAGAAAGUGAAGUUCACGAUGAUCCCUCAGAUGAUAUCCCACCAUUUAUCUCCCCCUCAGCCUAUUCAUUUGGAGCACAAGAUAAAGCUAGCCGGAAAUAGCCCAGUUGGUGAGGCGUGUUACGACGUUUCUGUGGACGUCCCAUUUCCUAUACAGAAGGACUUGCAUGUUCUAUUAGCAAACACAGAAAGGAGCAAGGAAGUUGAGGGAUGCGAAGAAGAUAUAUGUUCUCUUAUUAGGAAAAUUCACGAUCAUAGGAAGCGACGCUCGUUUUUCCUUGGGUUUAGCCAAUCACCGGUGGAGUUUAUCAAUGCUUUGGUUGUAUCGCAGAGGAAGGAUCUAAGAGUAGCUUCGGGUGAAGGAAGUCGUAAUGCUGAGAAAGAGCGAAGACCUGAUUUCUUUAACCAGCAAUGGGUGGAAGAUGCGGUUAUUCGAUAUCUGAACAGGAAGCCUCCAGUUGUUGAUAGUGCUGGUGCUGGUUUUGGUGCUGGACAGAUUUGAAGGUGCUGAAAUUCCUUACCUGGUUGUGGUCAUUGACAUCUCCUUCUAUAUUUUUCAUUUUCUUUUGUCUAUCAGAAUUGGUUAUAUGACAUAGUUAGAGAGAUUAUAAUAUGCAAUGUUCAUCCACCCAACAUUAUUCAUC